CGCGAUGUACCAACCGCCAGUGUGACUGACUCGGUCUCACGGAACGCACAACCUUGCGCGUAACAGGAAAAAACCUUAAAAAAAUUAUAAUAAUAAUAAAAAAAAAAGUGAACUCGAUGCGUUUCGCGCUUUUUUUAAUCUGUGAUGACAUCAUAGUGUAGGAUUUUUUGUUUUAAAUAUUUAAUAUACCUAGAUAAUAUAAUAAAGUGAUUAACUUCGUUUGCCAUAGUGUUAUAUGUAGUGUUUUUUUUUUAUUGUGUUUCGGAUUUAAUGCUUGUGUUAAAUUGAAAAGUAUUUAGGUCAAUUUAAAAUGUACAAAUCACUAGCAAUACUAGUACUGUUAUCCGCUGUCUAUGGUCAAGAUACAGGAGGCGGUGACCUCGAGUCAGUCCUCCAGCAGAUCUUCGGCAAGCCAGGAGACAAUGCUGGCCAGGUCGGCACCGUGGCGCCUGUACCCAGGCCGUCCCCGACGCCAUCUCUCGGCGACAAGAAGGGGGAGUCAUCGACACUGGUGCCUGGGGUAGUUUCUGGAAAUGACGAUAGCGACACGUCGUGCACCACGGACAAGGGCGAGGAGGGCGAGUGCGUGAGGUACUACCUGUGUGACGUCAACAACAAUACCAUCAUCACCGACGGCGUCGGCAUCAUCGAUAUACGUCUCAAGGAUGGCCCGUGCCCCUCGUACAUGGACACGUGUUGCCUGUCACCCGACAGGAGGCCCCCCGAGGACCCCAUCACGCCGCCCCCACCCACCAAGGAGGAACAGAGAGCAGGAUGCGGUUGGCGCAACGAGAACGGAGUAGGGUUCCGUAUUAUCGGCGAUAAAGACGGCGAGGCGAAGUUCGGAGAGUUCCCCUGGAUGGUUGCUAUACUCAAAAUCGAGCCGGUAAACGACCAAGAUCCAGAAGGUCAGAAGUUAAACGUGUACGUGGGUGGCGGAUCGCUCAUCCAUCCUCAGGUGGUGCUGACCGCGGCCCACUACGUCGCCACCGCCAAGACACUCCGCGUCAGAGCUGGAGAGUGGGACACGCAGACCACGAAAGAAAUAUAUCCCUAUCAGGACAGAGAUGUGACUCACAAAGAGAUACAUAAGGACUUUAAUAAAGGUAACCUGUUCUACGACAUAGCGCUGCUGUUCCUGUCCCAGCCAAUGGAGAUGGCUCCGAAUGUGGGUGUGGUGUGCCUGCCGCCGCGCAACGAGCGUGCCGAGGCCGGCACUAGGUGCUUCGCGUCCGGCUGGGGGAAGGACAAGUUCGGCAAGGAGGGCCGCUACCAGGUUAUACUGAAGAAGGUGGAAGUGCCAGUAGUGGACCGCAACACAUGCCAGGACCAGCUCCGGAAGACCAGGCUGGGCCGGCACUUCAUGCUGCACUCGUCGUUCAUGUGCGCCGGAGGGGAGCCAGGCCGCGACACCUGCCGGGGAGAUGGAGGAUCACCUCUCGUUUGUCCUAUACAGUACGAGAAAGGUCGCUACGUGCAGUCAGGCAUAGUGGCGUGGGGCAUCGGCUGCGGGGAAGACCGUACCCCCGGGGUGUAUGUGGACGUGGGAAACCUACGAGACUGGAUCGACGACAAGGUCGCGGGACGCGGCAUCGAACCUACUGUUUACACAUACUGAUCGCGCCGCCCGACAGGGGGCGCUGUUGUUUCUUUAUGUUUGUCCUCGAUACAAUAUGAGUAAAUGCUUUUUUUAAAUAAA